AUGACGCCUCUCCCAAUCAAACUCGGGCGGCGUCCCACCACGCAGCCGCCUUCGUCCGAGCGCAUUGGCGCCGCAAGUAAGGAAUGGAAGAACACCGCGGUAUUAGCUGCGAAGCGGUUCGCGGCAAAGGAAGUGAUCUUUUCCGAAGACGCCAUUCUCCAAACGGACGCCUUAGACUUGUUGAGCGGCACGGCGACGCUGAGAUGGAACAAUCUGUUAAAACUGUACGAAAAAUUACAGGCGGAGAAGGUGAGCACUGGCAGCGCGAACCCAAUCCUCAGCAACCGGAUGGAGAAAUUCAAGGAACUGGUGUUGAAAUACACAACUACAUGCACGCCCUCUACACCUCCAGGAGGGCAUGAAAACAACACAACCUCCGGAAGUAGACUUGCUGGUUCGCUUUCCGCUACCGCACAGGAUGAACUAUCUUCAACAGUAUCCGCCCAUCAAGAGCUGCAAGAAAAAAUCCCGCCCAACAACCUACACAUGACAGACACCCAGUGUCGGAUUUUCUGGGAACAGUGUGCGUUCACGAUUUUCACGGACCGACAUCGACAUUGGAACUACCUCCUCCACGCCAUCGGUUUUCCGGUAUUCUUCUCGCUCCUACUCGCACACCUACUGCCGCUUUUACCCCUACCCUACUACCUCGGCGGCUUCCUGCUUCCGGACAGCGCGUUCAGCUCCUGGCUGCACCUGGGGUUUUGCUUCGUCGUUUUCUUUUUCGUCAUUGUGGUGCAAACGGAGAAGUUCAUGGUGUACUGCACGCAAGGAGUUUUCGAAUUCGCUUCGAGGAUAAACCACAGCUGCAAGCCGAACGCGGUUGUGGAAUUUUCGGAGAAUUUUUUUGCUGCAGAGAAACAAGACCAAACGCAAACUCUCGCGGCAAAUGAGCACCAGCAAAUAAGUCCACCAACAGGAAAAAGAACACCAACUGUGCUACAACAGAGAAUAACGGUGAAAGCCUUGAAGCCGAUUCUCCCGGGGGAAGAGAUUUUGAUAGAUUUUCUGGGAACCUACAUGGAGCGCUUUACCGCAUUGGAAGCGGAAGCGAGAUGCGAAAUUCUCCGCCAGGACUACGGGGUGCGGUGCUUGUGCAAGCUGUGCAAGGCCGCGGAACCGCAGGUGCUGGAGAAGAUCAAACAGUACGAAGCGGCACGGGUACAGAAUGACCACGACAUCAACGCGCUGCAGAUGGGUCAGGAGGGUCAACCCGAACCUGAUGUCCCGAGAAGGGAAGUAGACGAGGAAAGCGAGGAUGACUGA